AUGAGAAAUAGGAAACUGAAAAGACUGAUUUCUAUUGGGUCAAUUAUUGUUUUUUUUUACGAUCUAUCUAUCUAUCUAUCUAUCUAUCUAUCUAUCUAUCUAUCUAUCUAUCUAUCUAUCUAUCUAUCUAUCAAAUUCCAAAAUUUUAUUUUAAUAUCUAUCUAUCUAUCUAUCUAUCUAUCUAUCUAUCUAUCUAUCUAUCUAUCUAUCUAUCUCAUUCUGCUUAAUCACUCACCCACAAAUAUCAUAGUGAAAGCUGUACGCAACAAAUCUAUCUAUCUAUCUAUCUAUCUAUCUAUCUAUCUAUCUAUCUAUCUAUCUAUCUAUCUAUCUAUCAGUAUGUUUCUUUCCAUUAUUAGCAAAGAAGUUUCCGUUUCUUGCAUAAUUUACUUUCUUCUUUUCUUUCUUUCCUUCUUUCUAUUUUUCGUUUUCUUUAUUUUUUCUCCACUUUUUGCUAAGAUUUCCUUCUAUUUUCCGUCUUUUAAAAUUUCAUUUUUUUAUUCUGCUUUUUCUUACCGUUUCCUCUUCCACUUCCUCACAUUGUCUUACUUUGCUUCAUUUUCCCAAAAUGACAAUCUAUCUCUUUUUGCGUUUUUUCUAACUCCUUCGUUUAUUCUUUUCAUUUCUUUUCUUCCUCUUUCUUUCUUUCUUUCUUUCUAUUUUCUCCCUCUUUUUUCUUUCUUUCUUUUCUAUUUUCUUCCACUUUCUUUCUUUCUUUCUUUCUUCUUUUCUUUCUUUUCUAUUUUUUCCUCUUUCUUUCUUCUUUUCUUUCUUUUCUAUUUUUUUUCUUUCUUUCUUUCUUUCUUUCUUUCUUUUCUAUUUUCUUCCUCUUUCUUUCUUUCUUUCUUUCUUUCUUUCCUAUUUUCUUCCUCUUUCUUUCUUUCUUUCUUUCUUACUUUCUUUUCUAUUUUCUUCCUCUUUCUUUCUUUUCCAUUUUCGUCCACUUUUUUCUUUUCACUUCCUUUCAUAAAUAUUUACUUCUUUCUUUGCUCUUUCAUUCUUCUCUUAUUGCCCCCCCCAGGAUGCUCCUUUUUCAUUAUUUUUGACAUCCAUUUAUUUUAUUCCCAAAUAUUUUCUAUCACAUCCUAUUUUUCUUUCUUUUUGACUUAUUAUUCUUAUUUCUUCCUUUGCUCUCAUUAUUGUCUAAUUCUUCCAAUACGUCUCUCCUUCCCACAAAUUUAUCUUUUUUCCUCGUCCACACUUUCUUCAUAUGUCAUUGCAUCAUUUAUUUAUUUUCUGAUCUCAAUUUGA